AGUAGCUCACGAGUAGUCUGACAAAGAAGUUCACGAUGAGAUUUCUGAUUGCUUUCGUUGCCAUCCUGGGCUAUGCUUCGGCUAGCGCCAUCAUCUCCCCCCUGGUAUACGGAGCCAACGCUGGUGACGUCCAGGCCGCGGCCAUCGACGCUACCGUAGCCGCUCAGGACACCGUCCGCGCUAUUGGUGAAGGACAGGCCCGCGCCGCCGAAGCCGUGAUCCAGCACAACACCGAGGCAGUCCGUCAAGUCGCCGAGACCAACCGCAACCUCCACGAGAACGCUUACUGGGGCAACGUAGCCGCUUCCCAAAACCUCGUCGCCGCCGCUCAAUCCCAAGCCGCCGCCGUUGACGGUGCCGCCGCUGCCGUCCGCGCUGCGUACGCCGGUGCUGCCUACCCUUACGCCGCCGCUCCCUUGGCUUACGGCCACGCCCUCCCUUACGCCGCUGCUCCCCUCGGCUACGCCGCGUACGGAGCUUACGGUCUCCACGGUCUUCGCGCUUGGUAAAUUUCCGAUCAUAGCAUCACUUAGAUAGUGAUGUCGCCGUUCGGGAGUUGCCUCGACCAUGGUUGAGGAGGCGUCCGAACAUGCCUAGCUGUCGAUGGCAAUGUCUGUGGUUAGACAUAGAUAUUGUCAUCCCAGCUAGUCUUCAGAUCACCUCAUAGUAUCAAAGGUACCCGAUUGCUCAAUGAAAACACCACAAAGGUCUCACAGUAACUCUCUUUGUACAUAAGCGAAUCUCAUGCCAUCACUGCCAAAGUGUAAAUAAACACAUUUUUACAAA